AUGUCUUCCCUCAAGCAAUUUAUUCGCAAUGUCCGAUCUGCGAAGACCAUUGCCGAUGAGCGGGCAGUCAUUCAGAAAGAAAGUGCUGCCAUUCGAGCCUCGUUCCGCGAAGAGAGCCACGAGUCCGGCAUCCGGAGGAACAAUGUGGCUAAGCUGCUUUAUUUGUUCACCCUGGGUGAGCGGACUCACUUCGGUCAGAUCGAAUGUCUGAAGCUACUGGCCUCGCACCGCUUCGCCGACAAGCGACUGGGCUACUUAGGGACGAUGCUGUUACUCGAUGAGAACCAGGAGGUGCUGACACUAGUGACCAACUCGUUGCAGAAUGAUUUGAGCCACUCCAACCAGUAUAUCGUCGGUCUCGCCCUCUGCGCCCUCGGCAACAUCGCCUCCGUCGAGAUGUCUCGUGACCUCUUCACCGAAGUCGAAAACCUCAUGUCUACGGCGAACCCCUACAUUCGACGAAAAGCUGCCAUUUGUGCCAUGCGGAUAUGUCGCAAGGUCCCGGAUCUUCACGAGCAUUUCCUGGAGAAAGCCAAGACAUUGCUUGGGGAUCGGAACCAUGGUGUCUUGCUUUGCGGUCUGACUUUUGCGAUUGAUCUGUGUGAGGCGGAAGAGGAGGAGGAAGGCCCAGAGGGUGUGAUCGAGACGUUCCGGCCACUCGCUGGGGGUCUCGUGCGCGCCCUGAAGGGUCUGACAACAUCCGGAUAUGCCCCAGAACACGAUGUAUCUGGAAUUACGGAUCCUUUCCUUCAGGUCAAGAUUCUCCGGUUCCUGCGGGUUUUGGGCCGAGGAGAUGUGGCCACCAGUGAACUGAUCAACGAUAUUCUGGCCCAGGUGGCCACCAACACCGACUCGUCCAAGAACGUGGGCAACGCCAUCCUGUACGAGGCUGUGCUCACUAUUCUCGACAUCGAAGCCGAUUCCGGAUUGAGGGUCCUGGGUGUUAACAUCCUCGGUAAAUUCCUGUCCAACAAGGACAACAACAUCCGUUACGUUGCAUUGAACACAUUGAACAAAGUCGUUGCCAUUGAACCGAACGCGGUGCAAAGGCACCGCAACACUAUCCUAGAAUGUCUGCGGGAUCCUGAUAUCAGCAUUCGCCGGCGAGCGCUCGAUCUCAGCUUCAUGUUGAUCAACGAGAGCAAUGUACGGGUGCUUGUGCGGGAGCUGCUAGCCUUCUUAGAGGUUGCUGACAAUGAAUUCAAACCGGUCAUGACCACCCAGAUUGGAAUUGCCGCUGACCGAUUUGCCCCAAAUAAGCGCUGGCACCUGGAUACCAUCCUACGGGUUCUUAAGCUGGCUGGGACCUACGUCAAGGAGCAGAUUCUGUCGUCGUUUGUUCGUCUCAUUGCCACUACCCCUGAGCUGCAGACCUAUGCUGUGCAGAAGCUCUACUCUUCUUUGAAGGAGGAUAUCUCGCAAGAGGGCCUUACCCUGGCUGCCACUUGGACGAUUGGGGAAUAUGCCGACAGUCUGCUACAGGGCGGCCAGUACGAGGAAGAGGAGCUGGUCAAGGAUGUACGCGAGAGUGACAUUGUUGACCUGUUCACCAACAUCCUCAACAGCACCUAUGCCUCCCAGAUCACUAUCGAGUACAUCAUCACCGCAUCCAUGAAGCUUACCACACGCCUGUCAGAACCCACCCAGAUUGAGCGCCUUCGUCGCUUCCUCUCCAGCCGAACUGCUGAUUUAAGCGUCGAGAUUCAGCAGCGUGCUGUUGAAUACAGCAACCUGUUCGGCUACGAUCAGAUUCGCCGCGGCGUCCUUGAGCGCAUGCCUGCGCCUGAGAUCCGCGAGGAACAGCGUGUCUUCGGCGCACCCACAAAGAAGCGCCAGAGUAAGAUCCUGCGCGGCAAAUCCACCAAGGUGUCCAAGCCUGCCGAGCACGACCUGCUACUUGACCUGAUGGGUGGCUCCGAUGCUCCCGUGACCAGCCCGACAUCAAACGGACCUAACACCGCCGAUCUGCUGGCAGACAUCCUUGGCGGAGGAGACUCGAGCACGUCGUCGCCGGCCCCCGUGCCUGCAGGCCAGAGCUCCAUGAACAACAGCGCCAUCAUGGACCUGUUCGGCUCGAACGGCGCCUCGCCUUCUCCCCAGCUAACUCAGCAGUCUGCCUCUGCCUCACUUGACCUACUUGGUGGAGGUAGUAUGGGUGCUUCCACGCCCUCUCCCUCUGCCUCGCCUGCGCCGGUCGCCGCCUCGACGCCCGCACACACCGUUUUCAACAAGGAUGGCCUCGUGCUCACCCUACAAGUCCAGCGGAGUGGCAACAACGCCCAGAUUUUGGCCCGCUUCCGCAACGAGUCAAACUUCGACAGCUUCUCCAACGUCGGCCUGCAGGCCGCUGUGCCCAAGAGCCAGCGUCUGCAGCUGAGUGCUAUCAGCAAAGCGGACCUUGAGGCUGGCGAAGAGGGCACCCAGACAAUGCGCGUGACUGCAAUGAGUGGGGCCCUCCCACCCAAGCUUCGCCUCCGUCUCCGAGUGUCAUCUUCCCGGGACGGAAACCCAGUCACUGAUCAGGUCGACUGGUCCGAGCCUUAA